GAGGAGCAGUGCAAGGCAAAACUUUUACCUCACGGAUUAUUCAUGACAUUUCACAGCUUGAUUGUGAAGGGAUUCCUGGUGUCACGCCAUGUUUAAGGCUGUGCUGAAGAAGAGUGGGAAAAACAGCAAGAAGGAAGCAGGGGAACCGUACCUGCUCGGUGCCCAGCGCAGGUGUCCUGGUGGUGGAGUGCAAGAUGCUAGUAGGGUCCUCCCGUACCCCCCAACAGAGGAAGGCCUAAGACUCAGUCUGGCUAAGGGUGUGUCCAUGUCUCUCCCCUCCUCCCCUCUCCUGCCCCGACAGACGUACGUGAUGGCGGCUCACCCAUGCAAGAAGUCUCCAGGACCCAUUAGAAAGCCUAAAUUUGUGGAAAGUCCACGUGUUCCUGGAGAUGCCAUCACAUCAUCCUUGAGGAAGGUGGCUGACACUGCGACUGAUCUGGCCGGUGCUGUCCCCUCCCCCGCCACUCAGGAGUUGAUGACACGCUUGGGGUUCUUACUGGGCGAAAGCAUCCCGGGCUCCGCGCGCAUACCUAUGGACGACAAGAAUGAAAAAAAGUGUGCAGUAAAUCAAGGGAUCAGUCCGGGUUCGACUCUGACCAGCAGCACACCGUCUCCUUGUACAGACAGCCCAUGUUCCACCUUAAACAGUAACAACAGUCGACCGGCAGCGAGUCACCGCAGCCCUUGUGGAACCAUCACCAGUCCCAGUUCCACCCUCGAGAGCAAAGACAGCGGGAUUAUAGCCACUAUCACCAGUUCAUCAGAGAAUGACGACCGCAGCGGCUCCAGUCUGGAGUGGAGUAAAGAGGGCAGUAUAAGGAGCUGUGGUCAGCAUGCGCUGGCACCGACGACUGCACGGGCAGACACGUGCUCUCCGGUGGCCGAGGAGGACCCGUCAACUUCUGGGGCAGAGGACAGGGGCAGAACCAAGACAAUUUCAGGAGCGGCAGGGCCCAUUUCUGAGGGACCCGUGCACUAUCCCACACAGAACUCGUCCAGUCUUAUGAUGCCUCGACCGAACUCAGUUGCAGCGACGAGCUCCACUAAGCUGGAGGAUCUGAGCUAUCUUGAUGAACAGCGAAACACCCCCCUGCGGACGUCAAUCCGCCUGCCCUGGCACAACACUGGCGGCAGAGCGGCACACGACAAAGCUCGCUUUGCUCCGUACAAGCCCACUGACAUCAUGCUCAAGCCACUGCUGUUCGAGGUGCCCAGCAUCACCACUGACUCUGUGUUCGUGGGCCGUGAUUGGCUGUUCCAGCAACUUGAGGAUGACCUAAGGUCCAGCGAAUCAGACGAGAGCUCUGGGGCCAUCAUUGUGGGUAACGUGGGUUUCGGCAAAACCGCCAUCAUCUCUCGCCUGGUGGCCCUCAGUUGCCAUGGCGGCCGCAUGCGACAGAUCGCAUCCAACAGCCCAAGCACUUCUCCUAAAAGUGGAGAGCAGAGUUCAGAUUUGCCCUUGAGUCAACCGCCUCAACCUAACCCACCCCCGAGUGCCACCAACACCCUGAGAUUCAACAGCUGUCCAAGCACACCUGAGCUCCAGCGACGCUGUGAGGAGGCCGUCAAACACCUGGCUGCAAAGGUGGUGGCGUAUCAUUAUUGUCAGGCCGAUAACACGUACACGUGUCUAGUUCCUGAGUUUGUGCACAGCGUCGCGGCUCUCCUGUGUCGAGCACAUCAGCUCACCGCAUACCGUGAGUUGCUGCUGAAAGAGCCUCAUCUGCAGAGCAUGCUCAGUCUACGCUCCUGCGUGCAAGACCCCAUGGCUGCCUUCCGACGGGGCAUUCUCCAACCCCUCGCCAACCUACGCAAAGAGAGGAAGAUUCCAGAAGAAGAUUACAUCAUCUUGAUUGACGGGCUGAACGAGGCAGAGUUUCAUAAACCAGACUAUGGUGACACUAUUGCCUCCUUUAUUACAAAGAUCAUUCCCAAAUUCCCCAGCUGGCUCAAGCUGAUCAUCACCGUGAGAACGAGUCUUUUGGAGAUCACCAGUCUGCUGCACUUCUCCAAGAUCAGCCUGGAUGAAUUCCCGGACAGCAAAGAGAUCGGGAUGGACCUGAACGGCUACAUACAGUACCGUAUCAACAACAGCCAGAACAUUCUCAACAACAUUUCCCUCAACGGCAAAGCCGACCCCAUCAUCGUGGGGAAGGUCAGCUCCCAUCUGACCUCUCGAAGCCAGGGGUCAUACCUGUACCUAAAAUUGACCCUUGACCUCUUCGAGAAGGGUCAUCUGGUCAUUAAGAGCGCGAGCUACAAGGUGGUUCCUGUCUCUCUGUCAGAACUCUACCUGCUUCAGUGCAACAUGAAAUUUAUAAGCAACUCUGCAUUUGAACGCGCCGUGCCCAUCCUCAACGUGGCGCUGGCGUCUCUACACCCACUUACGGAUGAGCAGCUGUUUCAGGCACUGAACGCAGGCAGCGUGAGAGGAGAACUGACGUGGGAGGACUUCCAGCAUAGAAUGGAGAUGCUGUCAUGUUUCCUGAUCAAACGGAGGGAUAAUACACGCAUGUUUUGCCACCCGUCCUUUAGAGAGUGGCUGGUGUGGCGGGCAGAUGGAGAGAGCUCGGACUUCCUGUGUGACCCCAGGAGUGGUCAUGCCCUGAUGGCGUUCAUUUUGUCCAGGCAGGAGGGCAAGUUAAACAGGCAGCAGACUAUGGAGUUGGGCCACCACAUCCUAAAAGCGCACAUCUUUAAGGGUCUGAGUAAGAAGACCGGUGUGUCGUCCAGCGUUCUUCAGGCAUUAUGGAUCAGCUGCAGUACUGAUGUUUUAUCUGCUGCUUUGGCCUCUCUGAGGAACCUCUACACACCCAAUGUCAAGGUGAGUCGUUUGCUGAUGCUGGGUGGAGCGAAUGUCAACUAUCGUACGGAGGUGUUGAACAAUGCCCCAGUGCUCUGUGUCCAGUCUCACCUGGGUCAUCAGGAGAUGGUUGCCCUGCUGCUGGAGUUUGGGGCGAAUGUAGACGUGCUUUCAGAGAACGGCAUGAGUUCACUGUGUUACGCAGCGGCCGCUGGGCAUCUGGGACUGAUCAGUCUGCUCUGUAAGAGAGGCGCCAAGGUGGAUCUUGUGGACAAGAGCGGUCAGGGUGCAUUAGUGCAUGCGGCUCUGCGGGGUCAUCCUGAGGUCAUUAAAUGUUUGCUUGAGUUGACCUGGAGCAGUGAAGGUCAGCAGGUGGACCUCAGCUUGAAGAACAAAGCCCUGCAGCAGGGACUCAUAGCAGCCUGCAGUAUGGGACAUACACAUGUGCUGGAAGGCUUGUUGACGUUGAAUAAUGAACUGGCUGUACAGAUUGAUGCUCAUGACACGCUGUGGGGUGAAACAGCUCUAACAGCGGCGGCAGGACGGGGGAAGAUGGAAGUGUGCAGCUUCCUGUUAGAGCAGGGGGUGCAGGUUCAGCAGGUGAACAGACGAGGAGCAUGUGCGCUCUACUGCGCAGUACGACAGGGACACUGGCAGAUUGCAGAUCUGCUGUUGCAGCACGGUUCAGAUGUGAAUGUAAGUGACAAACAAGGUCGCACACUGUUGAUGGUCGCCGCAUGUGAAGGCCAUCUGAGCACCACUGACUUCCUUUUGUCUAAAGGUGCCUCUUUAACGUCGGUGGAUAAGGAGGGGUUAACUCCUCUCAGCUGGGCGUGUUUGAAAGGACACAAGAAUGUUGUUCAGUUUUUGGUGGAGAAGGGUGCGGUUAUUGACCACUUGGACAAGAAUGGACGCACUCCACUCGACCUGGCUGCUUUCUACGGAGACGCAGACAUUGUACAUUAUCUGGUUGAGAAGGGAGCCGUGAUUGAACACGUGGAUUACAGUGGGAUGAGACCUCUGGAUCGAGCCAUCGGCUGCAGAAACACAUCAGUGGUUUUGACCUUACUCAAGAAAGGAGCUAAACUAGGUAACGCUGCCUGGGCGAUGGCGACAUCCAAACCAGAUAUCCUGAUUAUCCUCCUACAGAAACUCAUGGAGGAAGGCAAUCUGCUUUAUAAGAGGGGAAAGAUGAAGGAAGCAGCUCAGCGGUAUCAGUACGCAUUAAGGAAGUUCCCCAGAGAGGGUUUUGGUGAUGAGCUGAAGGCCUUUAAAGAGCUACGAGUCUCUUUGUACCUCAAUCUCUCCCGCUGUCGCAGGAAAACCAACGACUUUGGCAUGGCUGAGGAGUUUGCCACAAGGGCUCUUGAGCUCAAACCCAAAUCAUAUGAGGCGUACUAUGCUAGAGCCAGAGCAAAACGGAGCAGCAGACAAUUUACUGCGGCAUUAGCAGACCUGCACGAGGCGACCAAGCUCUGCCCCAACAAUCGUGAGAUCUGCCGUCUGCUGGCUCGGGUUGAGGAGGAGUGUAAACAGAUGCAGCGGUCGCAGUGUAAACAGCAGGGGGAGCCAAACGCACCAGCUGCUAACCACGACUCAGAUCAAGAACACGGCGAUCAAGAGGACGAUGAUGUGACAGAACGCAGCCUGGGACGGGAAAUCGAGGAGGAGGAGGAGCCGGGCUCUGAGGCGUGGCAUCAAAACAUCUACUCGCUCAACCGGAGUGUGCCAGAUUCUAAUGGUCGUUCAGUGUCGCCCCCUCACAGGCAAAGCCUUCGACACCAGCACAGAGAGCCCGUGGCUCAGAAGAGCCUGGUUGUGCAGCCAAGCAAGCAGGCCCAGAUCGUCAAAACCAACCAGCACCUUGGAUCUUUACAGGUAGGGUGUACACGACAGACAAGUACCAAGUCGCAGUAUGCACCUUCCAGUCCGAUCCCGAGUCGUCACAUAUCAAGCGUGCUCAAAGCAGGGCCAGGCAUUGACAUCAGCCCUCUAUCAGCGAAUUUUGACGAUGCAGGACGGCCGUCAAUGGCAGCAAGUCAUGAAAUCGAGGAUUUUCAUAUUGCACACUCCUCUAAAACUCAAGAAAGAGUCUCUAGAGAGGCUCCAUCUGUGUUGUCGUUGGAUGGCAUGGGAUUCUCCAUGGCCCCUGGAGCUCAAGCCCAGGAUUCGAGGAAGGGGUCGCAGGCAACCAACAUGCGGGUUUCGAGCUCCACAAGUAGCCUUGCUUCAAGCAGUAGCUUAUCGGACAGCGGGAAAGCGCAAGGUCCAGAUGUACGUACCAAAACGGGCACGGACAAGCCCAAGAUCAGCCAGGGAGGAUCAAUUGAAUACAAACCCAGACCGUUCAUGGGGAUUAUGGACAAAACGGCUCGAUUUCAACAACAGCAGCAGCAGCAGAGUCAUCCACCACCAGUGUCCCGUGGUUGGCAAAGUCAAUCCACUGAAGGUCUGGUCGGCCAUAGCAUGUCUUCUGCAGGUGUGAACUGUGAGCUUGUAUAUGCCAAACCAAACAGCGCUUACUACGAGCAAUUCAAAACUCCCUCUCAGGGUUCUGCCUUGGGCGGCCAACACAAUGGGAGUUUGCACUCGAAAGAGUUCAACGACAAGUUCUGCCAAGCAGCCACUUGUCACAAAGAACCCAAGCCGGCUCUCGUCAUGGCGCAUUCCUUCACAGACAGUAUGCCGAAGCCACCCAGCUUGACUCGAGAGAACCCCACUAUUCAUGUAGCAUCAAUGAAACCAAAGAGAUCCUUUAUAGAGUCUAAUGUUUAGGGCGUAUUCAUAGGCAACCUCUCUUCCCCCCAAAACACACUUCAGAUGAAGCUAUUUACUUUGAGGAUUGUCCAAACUCUAAUAUACACCGAUCAGCCACAACUUUAAAACCAACUGCCUAAUAUUGUGUAGG